AUGGCUUGUCCAUUACUACGACCGUUCAUGCGGAAUGCACUGGGCAGCGGUGGGAUGAAGUGCGAGACUGCGCGUCGCCCCGCCAUCAGCGGCGACGUCGCGGCGCUCGCCGCCUCCGCGCCCGCCGGCGGAGAUGUCGACCAGCGCGGCGGCCUGGACGCGGCGCCGAAAUCCGAACGGCAGCGGCCGUCCUAUGACUACUUUGCGGAGUGGUGGCCGGUUGCGUUUACUGCUGACCUGGACAAGGAGCAGCUGCACCGCUUCAUGCUGCUGGGGCAGCCCCUGGUUAUUUGGUGGGACGCCGCCGGCGCCGGCGGCGGCGCGUGGCGCGCGUUCUUGGACGUCUGCCCCCACCGCCUGGUGCCGCUGUCUGAGGGGCGCGUCAACAGCGCCGGCCGGCUGGAGUGCCCCUACCACGGCUGGGAGUUCAGCGGUCAGGGCAACUGCGAGCGCAUACCCCAGGGCCUGCUGUUCGUGCGGCCCAAAACCGCCGCCGCGGGCGGGCCCGCCGACGAGACUCGGAUACAAAUAGUCCGCCAGCUGGAGGACCCCGAGUGGGUGUCUCAGGACACGUUCAGGGACGUGCCCUACGACUGGAGCACCCUGCUGGAGAACGUGCUUGACGCCAGCCACGUGCCCUUCACGCACCACAAGUCUAUCAGUAACAGAGCCGUCGUGGGCGACUACGUGACUAAGCUGACCGAGCCCGUCACCGCCGCCGGCUUUUCGGGCGUGUGGCCCAGCGGACCUAGGGCUGGCGCCCUGGGCCCGCAGUACGGCGAAUUUCGUGCGCCCGGCUUCAUGCAGCAGACGAUUGACAUGAUCAAAACGCGCGGCGCAGAGUCCCUGGUCGUUGUGUAUGCGGUCCCCUCAUCCCCUGGCAAAUGCCGGCUGAUCAACCGCAACGCCUUCAAGUUCCACAAAUCAAAGCUGCCAGGCGCCAUCAUGCGCAUGGUUCCCGGGUGGCUCGUCCAUGUGGGCACCCAGAUCCCCCUGGAAGACGACCAGAUAUUCUUGCAUUAUGGGGAGGAGGCUUACGUCAAAGCCAGGGCCCAGGGGCUGAGCGUGGGCAAGGCUUACUAUAUGCCUAGCCAGGCAGACACGUACGUCACCGCCUUCCGCCGCUGGCUGGACGACUUUGGUGGCGGCGGCCCCUGGGGCCCGCCGGACGCGGCGUACCUCUCAAGACUUGAGCCGCGGCUGCCCAGAGAGGCUCUGCUGGACAGGUACACCGGACACGUGCAGUCGUGCGCCCAGUGCCAGCGCGCCCUUAAACAAGUUAAGACAGGGCGGAGCGUGCUCCGCGUCGUGUCAGGCGCGCUCGCAGCGGGCGCGCUGCUGGCGGCCGCGGUCGCAGUGUGCGUGGCAGCAGCAGCGGGCGGCGGCGGCGGCUCCGCGGCAGCGACGGGCGCGUCCAGCGCCACGCUAAGCCGCCUCGGCGCGGCUGCACUCGCAGCUGCAGGGUGGGUCGCGGGCGCAGGCUUGCAGACAGGCGCGGCGGCGGCUGCGGCGGCGGGCGGCGGCGCGAUGCUGCGGGCGCUGGUGCUUGGGCUGGCCGCGCUGCUGACAUGGCGGGUGUCUGAGGGGGUGCUGGGCGGGCUAGAGCACAAGCUGCUGCGCGGGGACUACCCGCCGCCACGCAACACUGACAAGAGCAAUUGA